GGCGAUGGCGUGACGCCACUUCCGCGGCGCGGCGCGUGGGCGGGGCGGGAGGCCGGAAGGUUCCAGAGGGGCCGUCGGAGCCGCUGCCGCCGGGGGGGUGCCGCACGCGACAUGGCCGCAGCGCGCGAGGAGUUACAGAAAGAUUUGGAAGAGGUUAAAGAAUUGCUUACGAAAGCGACGAGGAAGCGACUUCGUGAUGUCCUGAUGACAGAGAAACAUAAGCUAGAGCUAGAAAUCAAGAAUCAGCCUCCACCGAAGCCAAAAGAUGCAGCAGAGGAAGAAAAGUCAUCUCUGGGAGGGUAUACAGUGAAAAUAAACAAUUAUGGUUGGGAUCAGUCAGAUAAGUUUAUUAAGAUUUACAUCUCUUUAAAUGGAGUCCAGAAGCUUCCAGCUGAGAAUGUGCAGGUGAAUUUUACAGAGAGGUCGUUCGAUCUGCUAGUGAAGAAUCUGAAUGGGAAGAACUACACCAUGACCUUCAACAACCUCCUGAAGCCCAUCUCUGUGGAAGGCAGCUCUAGAAAGAUAAAGACGGACAUGGUCCUUGUGAUGUGUAGGAAGAAGCGGGAGGAAAAAUGGGAAUGUCUCACUCAAGUGGAAAAAGAAAGCAAAGAGAAAGAGAAGGCUGCCUAUGACACCUCAGAUCCUAGUGAAGGGCUUAUGAACCUUUUAAAAAAGAUGUAUGCGGAAGGGGAUGAUGAAAUGAAGCGCACCAUCAACAAGGCUUGGGUUGAAAGCAGAGAAAAGCAAUCCAAAGGGGACAUACCAAUGGAUAUUUGAAAGUAUUCUAAGGGCCGCCUUAAUACUGAUCUUCCAUGUGAGACACGCUGUGCUGCAAAGAUCAUUGUUUACACAAUCUUCUUCCAAGCAAAGACAGUCACUUUCCAUUUCAGGUUGGAGAAAAUAUUUAAAUAAAAUAGCUUAUAAAGCAUUUCCUUCAGUCAAGUGGUUCACCAUUUCCUGAAGAGUGGAGCAUAGGUAUAUCCUUAUCGCUCCUUGAAAAAGCAUCUCAGAUGAGUGGAGAGCUUUGUGAAACUGAGAACAGGAUGCAAAAGAAAAUGAAUCCUAAACUAGGAUGGGUCAAGGCCUCUCUGUUGCAAGUGACAGUUGUACCCAUCUAGUUGCUGGGGCUAAUGUCAUGCUCGCUGCAUGGGGUAUGGUUUUUUGAUUAAUGUGGGAAAGUAUGUUGAACUGUAAAGCAUGUCACAAAGGGAGAAAUGCUGAAGAAAGUAGAACCACUGUCUCAAGCACUUGGUAGCUGAGCAGAAAGAAUAUGGUGUUAAUCCUGUGGUAUUAAAAUUUAGUGAUUACUCUCAGAAAUUAA